AUGUCGGUGAGAGGUUAUAUGGUCGACUGCCCGUCGGUCGCGAAUAUCUGUUGCGCCAUUCUGGUAUUGUCUUGGGCCACUCGAAUUCAGCUGUCAUGGAUCGCGAUGGGCCGUGGAGAAGCUGUCGGAAAGUCCACCUUCAAGUAUCUCGCCAUGUAUGAGUUCGACAAUGGUGAUUUCUUGAAGAUCCCAGAAUGGGCGGCAACCGACUCGUAUGACCAGGAAGCUACCUGCGUUACAGAGUGGCCCGGAGACAAAUCGUCGAAAUGGAGGGACAUGGCUAUCAAGUUGAUGACCGGGAGUAACACUGCCAUGGUUCACAUAACAACACGAAACCGUGAGAAGGGCUUAGUAAGCACAACCGAACCGCCUAGAUACCGGAAUGCUCGCUAA